AUGGGCAAUAAAAAUAAUCGUGGUCAAGCACCCGUCGUUCGUGCAGCACAUCAGUAUGCCGAGAAGCAGGCUGCCGCAAAGCAGCAAUCUGUACAACUGAUCCAAGUUCAGAAGCAACAAGCUGAACUCGCUAGAGCUCAGGAGUUGGCGCAGCAAAAGGCUUUAGCCCGUCAACAAGCUUUCUAUUUCGAUUACACCAAAUUUCCCAAGCAUUCGGCUUUGAGCAUCAAGAAGAAUCCUGCAGCCGGAGAGGUUGCACUACUCAUCAAUCUUGACAUCGUCCAUCAUGGAAUCACUGCAAAGGAUCCAAACUUCUUGAACGUCCUUCCUCUCUACGCCAAACUUAUCACUAAAGUCGAAUUCCAACUUCUCGCCCCCUCAUACCACGAAUCCCGUGAGAUCUAUUUCGGUCGGGUUGAAAACAUGAUGAAGACCAUCGAUUGUUUGAACAAGUUCAAUAUCGAAGAAUUUCACUUCGUAGUAUGUAUCAACAAGGCAUACAACUUCCAACAGAUGAAGCUGGCUGCUGCAGCUUUUGGCCUGGACUUCGAAAACUGGACCAUGGCCACCAAGGUUCGUGGUGUUGCAGGCACAUGGAAAGUUGAUACCGAAAGCGAUUGGGAUCGCAAAUUGGCUAGAAUUUACAAGCAAGACUUUCUGGCCUUCAAAGUAAAGUCGGACAAAUCCGAAAAUUAA